AUGGCGCACCUCUCUGCGUCACAGAGUCUUCUUGGGCUCGCCCGGAGUUUCCAAAGGUUCAAUGUUGCAGAUCCUCUGACGCAAUGCCUUGCGCCUCGACUUACUCGGCAUUUUGCCGCGCAGACCCAGAUCCCCAUAAGUGAGGUUGCGAAAGAGAUUGAAGCAGGUCUCUCCCCUCCCGGGUCCACGAACUCUCCUCAGCAGUUUUCCGCAGUACAAAAAACCUCCUCCGGAAUCUAUACUCUCGAUUCUCCUAUUCUGAAGACUCUAUACUCAUGGCCAGAUCUCGAACCGACGAGGUAUGCCUGGUACGAACAACAAUAUCUCGACGCUCCUAUGCGAAGGGAUAUCCUCCAUCGCGCGGUAAUCUUCGAGGCCGACGCAACUAGACGGGGCACAGCCAGCACCAAAUGGCGGGCCGAUGUCCAUGGCAGCAACCGCAAGCUGUACGCACAAAAGGGGACUGGUAGAGCCCGUGUCAGAGACAAGAAAUCUCCCAUCAGAAGAGGUGGAGGCGUUGCUUUCGGUCCGAAGCCCAGAGACUUCUCCACCGAACUACAGCGCAAGGUCUAUUACCAGGCCUUCAAAAUCGCACUAAGCUAUCGGCAUAGAAAAGGUGAACUGAUGGUAUUGGAUGAUAAGAUUGCCUUGCCAGAAGAUGCCGGGGCCAGGUUUUUGAACAAUGUAUUCGAGGCCAACAAUUGGGGCAAGGCCGAUGGGAGAAGUCUGCUGGUCACUAGCACACUUGAAUCGCAGAAUCCAGACAUAUUCGAGGAGAUGCGAGAAGUCGGCGAGCAUGGUUCGCUCAAGGAUAUCGAGGAUGUGGAUGUCAAGGAUCUUUUGGAAACCGGGAGAGUCGUGAUCGAGAGAACCGCGCUGGAGGCCCUGUUAGGCAAACACCUCAAAUUCUUGAACGGCCCUGAGAGGGAGGCCGAGCGACGCCGGAUUGUACAAUAUUUGUAA